CUCUAAAUUUAGAACCGGCUUCUCAAAAGGAGGGCAGUACAACCGCCGUAAAACCUUGAAAUGUUUUGAGUAUAGUUUACGAUGCUUGUUGCUAGAGUGCAUAUUUCCUGUAUGACUGGCCUCAAACAAUGCAUGAAAAGGUGAAGUGCCUCGGCCAGUGGUUGUGAUGGCCUCUUGAAGAGACGUUGGCAGUCUAGGUGGACUGGUGAAUCAGUUUUGAAAGACUGCAUCUCGAUGAACAUGAACAGUGAGGUCUCCGGCCUCCAGGCUUCAGAGCUGGCCAGCCUGCUUGAUGGUAAAUUGGAAAAGCUUCUUCUUGUUGACAGUAGAUCCUUCCUGGAGUAUAAUGAUUGUCAUGUGUUGGGGUCCAUUAAUAUCCAGUCUUCAAAGCUUAUCCGAAAGAGACUAGAGCAGAACAAGCUCACCAUACUGGAUUUGCUGAGAAAUUCCAACUACAAGGGUGAUCCAUGCGACAAGGUUGUUGUAUAUGACCAAAGUACAACUGAUCUUGCCGCGGUGCCCAAAGAGCAUUUUCUGCGCCUCGUUGCGAAGAAACUAUACGAGCAAUUCCAGGCAGUGUUUUUUCUUCAAGGGGGAUUCGCUGAAUUUGGCAACCUUUACCCAAAGCACUGUGAGCGAAAAGAAGAGGCUGGGAAUCUAUUGUCAAUUUCGACGCCAUGCAUGUCAUGUAGGAACAUUCCGGUGACAAAGAUACUGCCGUUUCUGUAUUUAGGAAACGAAGAGGACUCUCAAGAUAUCGGAACCUUGCAAAGUAUAGGAAUUGAUUUCGUUAUGAACGUGAGCGAGACCGCGGCGGAUUCACCGCACGUUAUCACAACGCAUUAUAUGAAAAUACCCGUCCGCGAUUCAACGAGCGAAAACAUUGUCGAUUGGUUUCAAUCAGCUUUUAAUUUCAUAGAUCGAGUUAGAACCUGCGAUGGCAAAGUCCUAGUCCACUGCGUAGGAGGUGUAUCGCGCUCGGCAACGAUUGCUGUAGGAUACGUAAUGCGACACAUGCAGCUGUCUCUUGACAAUGCGUAUCGAUUUGUAAAAGAUAAGCGGCCAACCAUCUCACCAAACCUGAACUUUAUGGGCCAGUUGCUUCAAUACGAAAAGCAGCUUGCUGAUAAUGGGAGCAUCAAAAUCACAGAUGCUUCAAACCGUUGAAUGAUUUCCUGUUUACUAGUCUUAAUAAAUUCUUAAAGUUUAAUCCGCGCGCCUGUAUGUUAGUAUUUAAUUAGAACUAGCUGGUAUAUAUGUGUAUUUUUUAUGGGCCAGUUGUUCAGGCCAGUUUUCGUACAAAUUGUGGCAAUCUAGUACUGUGAAAUAAAUGUUAUUUGAACCUGUUAGCAGUUUAUUAAUUCAUAUUUGUAUAAAGGUUCAUUUAUGUCUUAAAGUGAAAUCAAAGGCCGUUCUGUAUGCAUGUCGUUAAGACAUUAUAAACAACUUCUUGUGUUGAAGUAGAUGCACGUUUUAGGCCAAGCGUGUUAAUUUCCUUUAAAAGGAAAACAAAUUCAUAAACAUUUUACAUAAUUACCGUUUGACCAUGAUUUUUAGCUAUUAUUAUUUGCUUAUUAAGUUCUAACUGGAUCUUUUUGCUCAUUCACAGCACCUUCCUUUGUCCUUCAUGUUUUGGCCUCGUAUUACCGCCUUAUAUUUGGCCUCGUAUUAUCUGCUUUGAUUAAAAACCGUUAACCUUUUCGAAAGGUUAGGACACAGAAAAAAUAAUGACUAAGAAACUUUGGUUAAAUACAACACGAAAGUAUGAAUAACAUCUAGACUGAGCAUAUUAAUUUGAUCAGUGUAGCUAGAAGCAAUUUCUGAAGCAUCAUUUCGUCCUCUAAGUGUUUCCUUUCCUUAAAUUGUUGUAUUCAGUAUGUUGAUAGUUGCAUAGACUUAAGAACCAGGGGGCACAGGGGGCACGUGCCCCACCUCCACUUUUCAUAAACAAUGGUAAAUUACCUACUUGUUGCCUACAGAGGUGCCCUUAUUUUUAAUACAUGCCCCCCGCCCACUUUCGAAGGCUUCAUACGUCUAUUUAGGUUUAUGGAUAGUUGUUUUCUUAGAUUUCCUUAAACAUCUUUAACUAGUUGCAAAAAAACUGUCACUGCACUAUGAAGAACGAAAUUUUUUCAGCUACGGGUACUUAUAAUACGGCAGGCACUCGUCAAUAAUAGAUGUAUUGUCAUCGAUCUUCUGUCGAAAAGUUAUGUCAUCCGCAAUUGCUGUCCGAAUCAAAUCAAAGCCCUAGAAUACUUUCUGCGUUGCAUAUUACACAAAAAUUGAAGCAUUCCUUAUUUGAUUAAAAAUCGUCAGUUAAGUCGAAUGUUUGCAAUUGCUUGUAGACCUUAAAAUUGUACUUGUUAGAUACGACCGUGUGGUUUUGUGUAUAUACUUACUUUAAGCAAAAUUUUUUUGAGUUUGAUAUAUAGAAUCUACAAGCAAGACCCGCUUGCAACAGAACC